AUUUUUAGUACUAAUCCUGAGCACUUUCAUUGCAUUUCUCAUGCUCAAAGAGCUCAGUAAACACCUGAGGUGGGUAGGUAUGUAGGUAAGAUGAUGGUUGAGUUGACUCACGGAGUGCUUGAGGCCACCAUUUUCCAAAGUGACAUUUGGUUUUUGAGUGCCCAAGAGGAGAGGCUUUAGGCUGGAUUUUCAGAGUUGCUGAAUUCAGCGGGAGCUGUGAUUACUCAGUGCCUCAAACUCAGGUCCAAAGUGUUUCAAAAUUGAGCUUAUCACCAACCUUGUACAGCAGAACACUAGAAAGCCUCAUCUCCUGCCUCUGCCCUCUAACCACUAUCUAAUGUUACCCUCUUAAAUAAAUCCAGUGCCAGGCAAGGUGCUGCAUCGACAGCCAUGGGUGCAGAACUGCCCCUCUUUAUCCCUGGACAGCAGAGGCAAUAGCAGAGCCACCAGUCAACCAGUGAUGGCUGGACUGGUGUUAAGCUGAUGGAUCCUCUCUUCUCUGGGUCACCAGGCUCUGAGGCUUAGAUCCUCAAAGGUCUUUUAGCCAACGUCACCAUGUUCAGCAAGAAGAAGAAACGCGUUGAGAUCUCUGCUCCCUCAAACUUCGAGCACCGGGUCCACACUGGGUAUGACCAACAAGAGCAGAAGUUCACCGGGCUGCCGAGGCAAUGGCAGGGCAUCAUCGAGGAGUCGGCAAAGAGACCCAAGCCACUGGUGGAUCCUGUGUACAUCACGGCUAUUCAGCAUGGCUCGCAGAAGACCAUCGUGCGGGGAAACAAAACUGCCAAGGACGGCUCCCUGACCUGGCUGCUGGAUGAGUUUGAGAACAUGUCGGUGUCCCGCUCCAACUCGCUGCGCCGGGACAGCCCCCCCCUCCAGCCCCGCCGCAACCAGCUCUUCCACCAGAACGGACUCAACGAGGGGCCGGCCAAAUCCCAGCCCCUCGAGGACAGGAAUAAGGACCACAAAGAGAGGACUCGCCAUGAGGCCAGGAAUGAGCUGGAUCGGGACAGGGAGAGGAACCGGGACAGGGAGGAGAACCGGGCCCAGCCACAGCAGCCCCGAGGGCAGGAGCCUGGCAGCAAAUCCACCAAGCACCCUGGUGGCAGGCCACCCCCUCCUGAGUACCACAAGCCCUCUAAGGAGGGCAGGCCCAGAGCCCAUGACCGGGAUGGCAGGCGGGACUACCCGGCGGAGAGGGACUACAGCGAGCCGGCCGACCGCGUGGUCAGGAGGGAUCGCAACGAUGCCUCCGACAAGAGACCCAAGUCCACAUACACCGGAGAGAAAAGCCCGCAGUCCCCGCGGGACAAACGCCCGCUCUCCGGGCCCAAUAUCCGGACUCCAAACAUCCCCGUCUCCGAAGGGGUGAUGAAGACAGCUCAGCAGACCGGCCGGCCUUUUAAUACGUACCCACGAGCUGAGACUGACCCUGUCAGGGGCACAGGUUCUCAGGCAGAGCCCAGGUCUGCAAGGCCCCAGGAAAUGACAUCCAACGGGCCAGUAAGCGGGAGCAGUAGCUCCUCCAGGGUCCACCAGCCAGGCCAGCCGAAGUCCAAAAACCCAGAGCCGCCCCAUCCGGGAAUCUCCCCGCACGCAUCAGAGCCCCACUUAACUCGCAUCCCCCAGUCAGCCCCCCAGCCAUCUUAUUCCCAGCAGCCACCGCCGCCUCCUCCCCCCACGGCCUCCCAGCAGCCCCGCUCCCCGCAGCGUGAGCCCCAGCGGGUCUCCCACGAACAGUUCCGAGCCGCCCUGCAGAUGGUGGUUGACCCGGGCGACCCCCGGACCUACCUGGACAACUUCAUUAAAAUCGGCGAAGGCUCCACGGGCAUCGUCUGCAUCGCCACGGUCAAGAGCACAGGGAAGCUGGUGGCCGUGAAGAAAAUGGACCUGAGGAAGCAGCAAAGACGCGAGCUGCUGUUUAAUGAGGUGGUGAUUAUGAGGGACUACCAGCACGAGAACGUGGUGGAGAUGUACAACAGCUACCUGGUGGGGGAUGAGCUGUGGGUGGUGAUGGAGUUCCUAGAAGGCGGAGCGCUGACGGAUAUCGUAACGCACACCAGGAUGAAUGAAGAGCAGAUCGCCGCUGUCUGCCUGGCUGUCCUGAAAGCACUUUCUGUCCUCCACGCCCAGGGGGUCAUCCACCGAGACAUUAAGAGCGACUCCAUCCUGCUCACCCACGACGGCAAGGUGAAGCUCUCUGAUUUUGGGUUUUGCGCGCAAGUGAACAAAGAGGUCCCGCGGCGGAAGUCGCUGGUGGGAACCCCCUACUGGAUGGCGCCAGAGCUCAUCUCCCGACUACCUUACGGACCAGAGGUGGAUAUCUGGUCCCUCGGUGUGAUGGUGAUCGAAAUGGUGGAUGGAGAGCCCCCUUAUUUCAAUGAGCCCCCCUUAAAGGCAAUGAAGAUGAUCCGGGACAACCUGCCCCCCAAACUUAAAAAUGUGCACAAGGUUUCUCCUUCCCUCAAAGGAUUCCUGGACCGCUUGCUGGUGAGAGACCCGGUCCAGCGAGCCUCCGCCAAUGAACUCUUGAAACACCCCUUCCUGGCGAAGGCCGGGCCUCCUUCCAGCAUCGUGCCGUUGAUGCGGCAGAAUCGGAUGAGAUGAGUGCCGGCUGCACCAGAGAGAGAGAGAGAGAUGCGCACGCCGUCUGACCGCUCCCCACUCGGCCGCCCUGCCUCGGCCUCUGGCCCUCCGUUCUCCAGGGCGCUGCUGCCGUUCCCUUCGGCCGCCGCGGCAGGGAUGGCGGCUCCCGACAGCCAGAGCAGCAGCAGGAGCAUCCGGCUCUCUCGGUCCCUCCGGGUUUCCGGCGAUGGCCCGUUCCCGGCGGGGCCAGCGGUUCUGCUAACUGGAUUUACAACUGUGCCACUACUGUCAUGUCUGUGGCAGGAGCUCUCCUGCCCGUCGCACCGUACUGCUGAGUGGAGGGGGGUGGGGGGCCCAGCUGGGGGUGGGGGGAAGGUUUUUUAAUGACUUUACAAUUUCUGAUCAAAACGGUAGUUUUUACACACACGCAAAGACGAGGUGGGUCCGGGAGCGACAGACACUAAGCAACUCAACACUGGAACGUCCAGCCACGGCUGGAAGCGGCUUUGCCUCUUCCUCUGGCUGCGGGCUCAGUCUUCCCCAGGCCGGGCCAGGAGCGGUCGGGGUAGGUGGGAGCGGUUUUGUUUCGCUCUGUAGCAUUUGGGUUUCUUCAGUAGGGUGGGCGCCAGCGGCAGGGCGUCCUUCCCAGCAGGAGGGAGGGUUCCUCUAGAUGCAGCCGGGAAAGCAAACGGCUCCUGGUGCUGGGUGCUUGACAGCCCCAAUCUCCCCCUGCCGUGUCCACCCCCGGUGCGUAACUGCUGUGAUCAGCGCUGGUUGUGCUAGGUUUGGGGUCUCCACCACUUCGUCCCUCGCAGGAGACUAGAGGCAGUUUCUGCAGGGUCUCCAUGCUGCUCCCACCCCCCCCACCCCCCCAUGGCAGGCUCUUCCAUGCUCGUUCUGCACUGAGGUCUAGACAUGUGCUGCUGCUCAGUCCCUGGGAUGAGGGGACCAGUGACCCGGCCCCUGGCCUCUUGGCUUCACAGGUUCUUUUCCAUCCAAGUAGCCCAAAGUGCGUGGCUCACCCAUCCCCCGGGGGCUCCAAAACGCAAUCCACUCCGGCCCCCGCAGCUAGAAUGCAGGAGCCUGGUGGGCAGAGACUCUGGUACCCCAGCAUGCAAUGCCCCUCCUUGAUCUGUGCAGCCUUGCAUGCUGGGAUACCUGGAGUCUCUGCAGUGUGGGGGAGGGAGGUUCCCUAGGCUCCUGGCCUGUUGCCCUCAGUUUUGGGCAGCCUGUGGCGUCAGAGAAACGAAGGCCCCAGCAGCCUAUGGGGACCAGAGCGUGUUGUAGCUCUCUGGUGUAGUCUGGCCUUUGGGCCUUGUUGGCUCAUCUGGGAAAGAUCCUGCCCGAGGGGGCUCCCCAUCCUUGGCAGGAUCUUCCCCCUCGGCGCAGCCCCUGCAUCCAGCUCAGCGUAGGGAGGAAGUGAUCGGGCUGGUCAUUCGUGUGGGAAGGGAACUCGGAGCUCAGCAUUGGUCGGGGGGUGGCCUCCUCUGGGAGCCUGGGGGCUGAAAUGAGCUGUGAUCUCUGACACCAGCCAGGAAGGGGGGGCAGCUUCCCGACCCCUUAGAGAGACUCUUCUGUGCGAGGCUGGUGGGCAGAGCGCUGGGCUGGCGGGCAGAGCGCUGGGCCCGCCAAGCAGCCGCUCCGUGCCAGGGCCAGGACAUGGCUCCGAAGGAAGAAUCGCCCCGAAGGUGGGCCAGCAUUUUGUUGCUUCUACUUUGCAUUCUGCCAGGGGGUCACGGGGGGGCUGCUCGGGAGGGUCCUGCGUGCGAAAACUGAGCCAUGUUGAAGAGGAUCCCUCCCCCCACCCCCCGUGCGCGCCAUGCAAUGAACAUGUAUGCUGUA